UCUGGAACAGUAAAAUUUUUAGAAGUUAUUAAGCCGUUCUGUGCAGUGUUACCUGAAAUCCAGAAACCGGAAAGAAAAAUCCAGUUCAGAGAGAAGGUACUAUGGACGGCUAUCACGCUCUUCAUUUUCUUAGUAUGCUGCCAGAUACCUUUGUUUGGAAUCAUGUCAUCAGAUUCUGCAGAUCCGUUCUACUGGAUGCGAGUCAUUCUUGCGUCAAACAGAGGUACUUUGAUGGAAUUAGGUAUCUCACCCAUUGUGACAUCUGGUUUGAUCAUGCAGCUGCUAGCUGGAGCGAAGAUCAUUGAAGUUGGUGAUACUCCAAAAGACAGAGCCUUGUUCAAUGGAGCUCAGAAAUUAUUUGGGAUGAUUAUUACCAUUGGGCAAGCCAUUGUGUAUGUUAUGACUGGAAUGUAUGGAGAUACUGCUGAAAUGGGUGCUGGAAUUUGUCUUCUUAUUAUAAUUCAGCUGUUUGUUGCUGGUUUGAUUGUGUUGCUGCUAGAUGAGUUGCUACAGAAAGGUUAUGGCUUGGGGUCUGGUAUUUCCCUGUUCAUUGCUACCAAUAUCUGUGAAACCAUUGUCUGGAAGGCUUUUAGUCCCACCACCAUCAACACUGGCAGAGGAACAGAGUUUGAGGGUGCUGUGAUCGCAUUAUUUCAUCUUCUGGCCACACGAACCGACAAAGUCCGGGCUUUGCGGGAGGCUUUUUACCGACAGAAUUUGCCCAAUCUCAUGAAUCUGAUUGCUACAGUAUUUGUAUUUGCUGUAGUUAUAUAUUUUCAGGGAUUUCGUGUUGAUUUACCUAUCAAGUCGGCACGAUACCGUGGACAGUACAGCAGCUACCCAAUCAAGCUCUUUUAUACCUCCAACAUUCCCAUCAUUCUGCAGUCUGCCUUAGUUUCGAACCUCUAUGUUAUUUCCCAGAUGUUGUCUGUUCGUUUUAGUGGCAACUUCUUGGUGAACUUACUAGGACAGUGGGCAGAUGUCAGUGGCGGUGGCCCUGCUCGCUCUUACCCUGUUGGUGGCCUGUGCUACUACUUGUCCCCUCCAGAAUCCAUGGGUGCAAUAUUUGAGGAUCCUGUCCAUGUAAUAGUUUAUAUCAUAUUUAUGUUGGGAUCCUGUGCGUUCUUCUCAAAGACUUGGAUUGAGGUGUCCGGGUCAUCAGCAAAAGAUGUUGCCAAGCAACUCAAAGAACAGCAAAUGGUGAUGAGAGGCCACAGGGAUACUUCAAUGGUUCACGAGCUGAACAGGUAUAUCCCCACGGCAGCUGCAUUUGGUGGUUUGUGCAUUGGUGCCCUUUCAGUAUUGGCUGACUUUCUAGGAGCCAUUGGGUCUGGCACUGGCAUUCUGCUUGCAGUCACUAUUAUUUAUCAGUAUUUUGAAAUAUUUGUAAAAGAACAGGCUGAAGUUGGAGGAGUAGGUGCAUUAUUUUUCUAGAUGUCCAAAUAUUUCAUGGUUUGUGUGAAAGGGAAAGUAUUUUGACAACAUGCGUCCUUUAGUCCAAUAACGCGAUUUUCUUUUUACUUGUUUUAAAGUGCUACGUGUCCCAUUACUGUAAUGGGCAUCGAGCAAUGCCUGCGUGCAGCAUUAGUACCGGCUGCCUUAAGAAUAAAGUUUACAUUAUCUUGUUUA